UAAAGAAAAUCCUCAAAACAAUCGAGGCGAACCACAAACACAAACCACUAAAACACAAACCACUAAAACAAAAAAUACAUAUUACAAGAACCCACCUGGACCUGAUAAGGCGCUGCUUGGACCUUAA